AUGAUUUAUGUACAUAUAUUGAAGGACGUCGGUCUUUGGAUAAUUUUCAAAGUUGUUCUCAAGCAUUCACACCCUUACUGUCCAAAUCGAGCAGAGAUGUUCAAACAACACAGGGAACUAGGCAUGUUUUUACAUCGCACCAUUGAAAACAACAAGAAAGCCGGAAGCAGACCGAGUAAAACAUAUCAGUCAUUUAUAGCAACAGCAGGCAGUCAUUGCGAACUAAGUUUUAUAGAAAAAGACGUGAGGAAUUAUAUUACAAGGAAAGUACGGAAUGUUUCUGAACAAGACAAUGCGAAAGAAUUUGGCAAGUACUUAUUAAGAAUAAAAGAGAAGAAUCAAAAUUUCCUUUUCGAGCUUAACCUUGAAGGUGAUCACUCCAUCAAAAAUGCAUUUUGGGCCGAUGCAAGAAGCAGGGCUGCAUAUGAGUAUUUUGGAGAUGUUGGUUUAUUUGAUACCACUUACAAGACAAACAGGUAUAAUUUGGUUUUUGGUUCUUUUGUGGGCGUGAAUUAUCACCAUCAGUCGACACUUCUUGAAUGCGCUUUGAUGAAAAAUGAAGACAUCCAAUCAUUCAAAUGA